AAAGCUUUCCCAAACUGUCUCUUGAUGUUUUUAUCUGAUGUUGUUUCAGGAAAGUUGGUGACAGAGACUCUUUGUCUUCAGCAGGACUCCUCAAAGAGGACACAGAGCAGAAACACUGACACCAAUCAACCAGUCUGAUGUUUUAGAGACAUUAUGGAGACGGCAACAUCUGUCACAGGUGAUGUACCAUCCAGGGAGAGCAGAAGCAGCUUUGAAUAUCUGCCACCUCUGAUGUCUGAGCUGAGGGUUGUUCUGCUGGGGAACAGCUGGUCUGAGAGGAGUUCAGUGGGGAACAUCAUACUGGGAAAGACUGUGUUCAACACUGAGGAAGAACCAGAUCACUGUCAGACAGUCAGAGGACUGUUGAUGGAACAAGAAAUAGUUCUCAUCAACACCCCAGAUCUGCUGCAUCCAAACAUCUUACAACACAAACUGAGAGAACAUGUAGAAAACUGUGUGAGUCUCUCUGAUCCUGGACCUCAUGUGUUCCUGCUGGUUCUACAGCCUGAAGACUUCACUGAGGAACACAAACUGAGACUCUGCAGAGUUCUUCAAUUCUUCAGUGAUCGAUCAUUUGAUCAUUCACUGAUUCUGAUAUCAACACAAAGAAAGAAGAGUUCAGGUUUCAUGGAGAAAUAUGAGAAACAUCCACAGUUAAGAGACAUGAUCAGUAAAUGUAGAUCCAAGUUAUUUUGGCAGAAGAACCUUGAACGUUCAAAGCUGUUAGAGAUCAUGGAUCUUUUUGUGAAUGAAAACAAUGGAGAUCAUGUGAGCUGUGAAGUAUUUGAAGAUGCAACAUCUGAUUUACCAAGUCAACAUGGAAACCUGAAACAAGAGGAAACAAUCAGGAUCAACUUGGAUCCUGUUAAAGCUGUUGGGUUGAAAUCUCUCCGGAAUCCAUCAAAAAACACCUUCAACUCGUUCAGGUCUCAGACAUCAAACACUCCAUCACCACCUGAAUGUACAGACAGCCAGUUCUCUACACUGAGGAUUGUGCUGGUGGGGAAAAGUGAAGACAAAAAGACAAAACUUGGUAACUUCAUUACUGGGAAAGAAGAAUUUCAUAGCCCAAAAAAUCCCUCCUGUGUGGCCGCCUGUGGAGAGUGGAGAGGAAAACCAUUGACUGUAGUAAAAACUUCAGAUAUCUUCAGUCAGUCUGGUCAGACAGUGAGAGAAGAAGUGAUGAAGUUCAUGAAUCUGUGCCUCCCUGGACCAAAUGUUCUGCUGCUGUUAGUGAAACAUUCUGAGUUCAGUGAAAAUGACAAAAAAAGACUGAAGUUCAUCCUGAGUUUGUUUGGUCAAGAUGCUUUUAAACACUCCAUGGUCAUCAUCACACACAAGGAGAAUAAAACACGUUUCACUGUGAAUCAGCUGAUUAGAGACUGUGGAGGAAGAUACUACAACAUGUUUGAUGGCCACAAACAGUUAAUGGAGAAGAUUGAGAUCAUUGUUCAUCAAAACAGAGGAACCUUCCUCACCUUCACUGAAGAGACCAGUAGACCAAAGUAUUUAAACCUGGUUCUGUGUGGGAGGAGAGGAGCAGGGAAGACUUCAGCAGCCAAGGCCAUUUUAGGUCAGACAGAGCUUCAUUCAGUCUCCAGCUCAUCAGAGUGUGUUAAACAUCAGGGAGAGGUGUGUGGACGUUGGGUUUCUCUGGUGGAGCUGCCUGCCUUGUAUGGAGAACCUCAGGAGGCAGUGAUGAAGGAAUCAUUCAGGUGUAUCUCCCUCUGUGAUCCUGAGGGUGUCCAUGCCUUCAUCCUGGUCCUACCUGUGGAUUCCCUCACUGAUGAAGACAAGGGAGCGUUAAAGACCAUCCAGAACACAUUCAGCUCUCGAGUCAAUGACUUCACCAUGAUUCUGUUCACUGUGGAGUCAGAUCCUACAGCUCCAGCUGUUGUUGACUUCAUAAGAAAGAACAGGGAGAUCCAGGAUCUCUGUCAGAGCUGUGGAGGAAGAUAUGUUGUUCUCAACACCAAGAACAAGCAGCAGAUCUCUGAGAUGUUGGAUACUGUGGAGAAGAUGAGACCAUGUUGCUAUACAACAGAGACAUUUGCUCAUGCCCAGAUGGAUAAAGUCAUACAACAACAAGGUGAACUUGAGAGGCUGAAAAACAAGAAUCAAAUCACUCAAGUACAGAGCUCAGAGUGUCUCAGGAUUGUUCUGCUAGGGAAGACUGGCAGUGGAAAGAGCUCUUCAGGAAACACCAUUCUGGGAAGAAAAGCGUUUACAGCCAAAUCAAGUCAAACAUCAGUCACCAAACAGUGUCAGAAAGCAGAGAUUGAAGUGGCCGGUCGUUGUGUCGCCGUGGUCGACACUCUUGGUCUGUUUGACUCCACUUUGUCCCAUGAAGACAUUAAUGAGGAGAUGGUGAAAUGCAUCAGUCUUCUGGCUCCAGGACCACAUGUCUUCCUGUUGGUGUUACAGAUUGGCAGAUUCACACCAGAAGAGAAGGAGACAUUAAAACUCAUCAAGGAAGGUUUUGGGAAGGAUUCAGAGAAGUUCACCAUCAUUCUUUUCACAAGAGGAGAUGCACUGGAACAUGAGGAGCUGUCCAUUGAAGAAUACAUAGAGAAGGAAUGUGAUGGUUCCUUUAAGAAGCUGAUUGCUGACUGUGGAGGAAGAUACCAUGUGUUUAAUAACUAUGAUAAACAAAACCACACACAAGUCAGUGAACUGAUAAACAAGAUUGUCUCCAUGGUGAAGAAAAAUGGUGGCAGCUGCUUCACCAAUGAGAUGCUGGAAGAGGCAGAGGCAGCAAUAAAGAAGGAAAUGGAGAAGAACCUGAAGGAGAAGGAAGAAGACAUGAAGAAAGAGAGGGAGGAACUCAAAAGAAAACAUGAGGAAGAAAUAGAGGCAACGAAAAGACAAAUAGAAGAACAGAGAGCAGAGAUUAAACAGGAGAGAGAACUGAGAGAAAAACAACUUCAGGAGAAGGAGGAAAACAUUCAGAAAGAACGAGAAGAGAGAAAGAAAGAACAGGAAGAGAGAGAAGAAGAAGACAAGAAGAGGAGAGAACAGGAAGACAUUCAGCGACAGGAGUGGGAACAGGAACUUGCAACUUUAGAGACAAAGAUCAAAUCAGAAUCAGAUGAAAAAGAAAUCAUUGAUAAAAAGCUGAUGGAGAACAGAGAAGAGAUGAGAAAAGAACGAGAGGACUGGGAGAAGAAACAAAAAGAAAUGUGUGAGAAACAAAAGCAAGAAGAUGAACAGAGACGACAGGAGGAGGAGAGGAGAACAAAAAAGCUCCAAGAAGAAUAUGAACAGGAAAUGAAGGAAAAUAUUCAGACAGAACGAGAACAGAGAAAGAAAGAACAGGAAGAGAGAGAAGAAGAAGACAAGAAGAGGAGAGAACAGGAAGAAAUUCAGCAACAGCAGUGGGAACAGAAACUAGCAGCUUUGGAGAAAAAGAUAAAAACAGAAUCAGAAGAAAAAGAAAACAUUAAUAAAAAGCUGAUGGAGAGCAGAGAACAGAUGAGAAAAGAACGAGAGAACUGGGAGAAGAAACAAAAAGAAAUGUGUGAGAAAAGAAAGCAAGAAGAUGAAGCGAAACAACAAGAAGAAGAGAGAAGAAUAACAAAGCUCCAAGAAGAAUAUGAGCAGGAAAUGAAGGAAAAGAUUCAGAAAGAACGAGAACAGAGAAAGAAAGAACAGGAAGAGAGAGAAGAAGAAGACAAGAAGAGGAAAAGGCAGGAAGAAACUCAGCGACAGAAGUGGAAACAGAAACUUGCAGCUUUGGAGAAAAACAUAAAGUCAGAAUCAGAAGAAAAAGAAAUCAUUGAUAAAAAGCUGAUGGAGAGCAGAGAAGAGAUGAGAAAAGAACGAGAGGACUGGGAGAAGAAACAAAAAGAAAUGUGGGACAAACGAAAGCAAGAAGAUGAACAGAGACGACAAGAGGAACAGAGAAGAAUAAAAAAGCUCCAAGAAGAUUAUGAGCUGGAAAUGAAGGAAAAGGUUCAGAAAGAGCGAGAACAGAAAAAGAAAGAACAGGAAGAGAGAGAAAAAGAAGACAAGAAGAGGAGAGAACAGGAAGAAAUUCAGCGACAAGAGUGGAAACAAGAACUUGCUGCUUUGGAGAAAAAGAUGAAGACAGAAUCAGAGGAAAAAGAAAUCAUUGAUAAAGAGCUGACGGAGAGCAGAGAAGAGAUGAGAAAAGAACGAGAGGACUGGGAGAAGAAACAAAAAGAAAUGUGGGAGAAACGAAAUCAACAAGAUGAACAGAGACGAGAGGAGGAACAGAGAAGAAUAAAAAAGCUCCAAGAAGAAUAUGAACAGGAAAUGAAGGAAAAGAGAAAGAAAGAACAGGAAAAGAGAAACGAAGAAGACAAGAAGAGGAGAGAACAGGAAGAAAUUAAACGACAGGAGUGGAAACAGAAACUUGCAGCUUUGGAGAAAAAGAUGAAGACAGAAUCAGAAGAAAAAGAAAUGAUUAAUAAAAAGCUGAUUGAGAACAGAGAAGAGAUGAGAAAAGAACGAGAGAACUGGGAGAAGAGACAAAAAGAAAUGUGGAAGAAACAAAAUCAAGAAGCUGAACAGAGACGACAGGAGGAGUGGAAAAAAAUAAGGAAGCUCCAAGAAGAAUAUGAACAGGAAAGAGAAGAAUAUGAAAAGAAAAGAAAAGAAGAAGAUCGAAUCAGAAGAGAACAAGAGGAGAAAGAGAGAAAAGAAUUAGAAGAAAAAUAUAAUAACGAACUGGAGAAUGUAAAGAAAACAAAUGAAGAUGAAGCCAGAGAGAAAGCUGAAGAGUUCAAUGAAUUCAAAGAGAAACACAAGAAAGAAUUUGAAGCUCAGAAGAAAGAACUGAAAGACAAAGAUAAACAGUAUGAUCUGUUGCAGGCACUAAAAGCCAACAAUGAAAAAGAACAGAGGGAAAAACAUCACAGAGAAAUCAGUGAGUUGGUGAAAAGUGUGACCAAAAAGAGCAGUAAUCUGAAAAGAAUGCGCAACUUACUGGAAACACAAGAAAAGGAAAUGGCAAGGGUUAAAAAUGAAGAUGAAAAGGAAAAUCUGCAGAAAAAACAUGAAGAGCAAAUAAGUGACUUGAUACAAACACUUGAUGAAUCUUCCACAUGCAGUAUAUUAUAGCUGAGAUGCCUGAAAUAAAAAAAUAAAACAAUUCACACAUUAAACUAACAUCAGAGGAGAUUAUUACACUUUUAUGAAGUUUAAUUUAAAAAAGAUUCAAAUCUAA